AUGAUGGCACUCUACCAAGCUACGAGCAUGGCGAAGGACAAGGAGCACCGGACAGUGAUCUACUGUGACUCUAGGUCCUCACUUCAGGCAGUUGCCGACCCAAACUCCCUCAACCCGAUAGCAGUAAAAAUCAGGGAAAACCUGGAAGAGGCCCUAACAUGGGGAAACCCGAUAGAGCUAUCUUGGAUAAAGGCGCACGUUGGCCUGGAAGGAAAUGAGAGGGCGGACCAGCUAGCCAAGGCGGCGGCCCUAGACCCGGAAAAGACCCCGCUGUAUAGCAAAUUCCCUCUCUCGUUCGCAAAAAGAAUCAUAAGAGCCAGCACCCUAAGUAGGUGGCAAAGGAGAUAUGAGGAGACGGAAAGUACCUCAGGCACGAAGCUGUUCUUCCGGGAUGUGCGGGGCGCUAAAAGGAUUAUGGAGAGACUGGGUAACAGGAACACCAUCGCACAACUACUAACAGGGCAUGGGGGCUUCAAACAAUACCUCCACAGGUUCAAGCUGGGUAACGACCCCCAUUGCUCCUGCGACGGACAAACCGUGGAGACAGUUACACACAUCCUCACGGAAUUCCCAAGAUACGGCCCCGAGCAGUACGCCUGUGAGUGCGCAAUAGAUAUGAGUGUUACGGAGGGCAACUUCGUGAGGAUGCUGGAGGACGACGGAAUUAGGAAACACUUCGUGGACUUUGCGGAGGGCGUCAUGAGGAGAGCGGCGAGACAGAACGGAGCCUCGGCAGUAUAG